UUGACCAAAUUCAUUAUUGCCAUGCACUAUCGAUCUAGGCACGUCCGACCGGCAGGUGUGAAGGAAUUAUUGGGCCCUCGGGUCCGCUUCCGUCAAAUGCCAUGACAGGAGCUUAGAAAACAUUCCAUGAUGGCCCAUGUGAAUGUUCCAAUUGUUCCAAUUGCGCUCAAACUAUCGAACUUGCACUGCUGUGGGACUUCGGAUCGGAAUCUCUUUUUAAGUGGUUACAUCUACUUUGCCCGAUGGCCGCUAUGGCGUGGCAUAACCGUACCAGCUGAUGUGAAAGUAUUUCUCGACCGCAAAACAACGGAGUCCUUCACUGAUUUGUUAUAUUCAAUUGACAAUAGACCCGCACAUCGUCCCAUCAACAGGCGAGUAGCAAGCACAAAGAAUGUAACGAACAAGAACAAAUUAAGAGGCAUACGCCCCACAAACCCAGUCGCGCGCAAUAACAGACACAAUCCUAGAUCCUCUUCGCAAGAAGAUCCAACUGUACAUUCGAUUGUAUUUCCAAGGUCACUCGGGGGAAGAUAUUGACAUGGGUGUCCCCCGGCUAUAAUAUUCGAUACGAAACCGUUUAGAGGAUGCUGCCGAUGGCGAUGCAGGGAAGGUUGAUCAGGUUGCCGCUCUAAAGAAGCUUCAGGCAACGCUCUGGCCUUUGUUAUCAGG